AUGGAAUCUCAAGCGAAUAUUACCGAUAUCGUCAACAAUUUCCCGGGACUUCCACCUUUUCCGGACGAUGUCUCCACAGCGCCUCUUCUUCGGCUUUCAUUGGGAAAGCUGUUGGCAGAGGAUAUACAUGAGUUCGAGCGGCUCUUCCAAGCAUCAGUAGAGAUUGGGUUCUUCUAUUUGGAUCUCGAGGGUUCUCAACAUGGAACGUCCCUUCUUCGAGAUGCAGAUGAGCUGUUCAAGGUUGGGGAACGACUCUUCCAACUAAGCCUUGAGGAGAAGAAGAAGUACGAUUUCAGUGCGCAGAACUCAUACUUUGGGUACAAAGGCCAGGGAGCUGCAGUAGUUGAUCAACAGGGAAACUUGGACAGAAAUGAGUUCUACAAUAUCUCCAAGGACGACAUCAUGGGCGUGAGCGAACCUCUUCCAGCACCGGAAGUUUUGCAUCAAAGUCGAAAGCAGACAGAAUCAUUUAUGAAAGGCUCGCAUGCAAUUGUGGAACUCAUAUUAAAGAUCCUCAAUGACAAACUCUCGCUCCCCGAAGGUACACUAUCCAAUCUUCACCGGCUGAAGGCUGUGAGCGGCGAUCAAGUGCGCUUCAUUAAAGCACCGCCACAACCAGCAGAUGACCGACGAACGGCAUUGGGACAGCAUACCGACUUUGGUAGUGUGACAGUGCUGUUCAAUCGUCUGGGGGGCCUUCAAGUUCUACCUCCUGGCGCUGAAGCAGAAUGGGUAUACGUGCGACCCCUGCCAGGCCAUGCAAUCAUCAAUCUUGGUGAUGCAAUGGUCAAAUUCACCAAUGGGUUGUUUCGAUCUAAUAUUCAUCGGGUCGCGGCACCGCCGGGAAUUCAGGGGGAUUCAACGCGGUAUAGCCUGGUAUAUUUUGCGCGGCCUGAGGAUAAUGUCAUGCUACGGCGACUGGAAGGAUCAGAUCUCAUUCCGCCAAUUGAGGAAGAUCAGGUUGAGGAGGCAAUCAACAGCAAAGAUUGGAUUAUUCGUCGAGCCUUGGGACGCCGCGUGGAUCUUGUCAAGAAUGUUGACUAUGAUAAGUCUGCCGGAACAGAGCAGAUGAGUCGCAGGAUAAAGGUUUAG